GAUAAGUAUGGUCCUGACGGUGGUCGGGGUGCUGGCGCUGGCCGACAAGCCCCCGACGGGCCCGGAGGUCCACCACAUCACGGGCCAAGAAGGCUUCGACUCCUUUGGCAAGACCGUGGCCGGCACGCCCAUCUACGGAGGCGUAAAUCACGAUAUCGGCGUCGCCAGCCACCCCGUCAGCUAUGGCCACGCCCCCUCCCACGGCUAUGCCGCCCCUCCCCCCUCCCACGGCUACGGCGCCCCUCCCCCCUCCCACGGCUAUGGUGCCCCUCCCCCCUCCCACGGCUACGGCGCCCCUCCCCCCGUCCAGACCGUGUACAUCGCCUACGAGCCGCCCCAGCCUGCCCCUCAGUACCACGUCAAGGUCAAGUCUAAUCCUCUGAAGGAAUUGGACAAGAAGAUCAAGGAUUACGCUUCCAAGUUCACCAAGUUCAUGUCAGACUACAUGGACCUUAACACCUACUCAGAGGAGUCCUACGAGCCUGUGUACGUAGCCCCCGCCCAGUCCUACGGUCCGCCACCCACCUCCUACGGUGCUCCCCCUACGUCCUACGGCCCUCCCUCUCACUCCUACGGCACCUACGAGGCUUACGAGGCUCUCCCUAUCUACGAGGAGGAGGAGGAGUCCUUAGGGAAGAAGAUCGCCAAGGGCUUCGAGAACGCGAAGAAGACGAUGGCCAAGUGGGAGGAGAAGGCGAGGAAGAAGGUUAAGGAAUUCUUCAGCUACGACGAAGAGCCAGAGGAAGUCUACUACGAAUACGCCCCCGCCCCUGUCUACCACGCCCCCGCCCCCUCGUACCACGCCCCCGAGCCCGUUUACCACGCCCCGCCCCCCACCCACUACGGUGCUCCCUCCGUGGGCGGCGGCGGAAAGGGCAAGGGCGGCGGCAAGGGCUUCGGAGGCGGUCUCUUCGGCGGCGGCUUCGGUGGCGGCUUCGGCGGCGGUCUCAAGGGCGGCCUCGGCGGUGGGUUCAAGGGUGGCUCAAAGGGCGGCAAGGGCGGCAAGGGCGGCGGACACUCCAUUGGAGGCGGUGGAUACCAAGCCCCCAUCAUUCAGCCCACCUACGGCGCCCCUCCCCCCACCUCCUACGGCCCCCCACCACAGCCCCCCUCAAGCUCCUACGGCGCCCCUGUCGACCACCACGUCCCUUCAGGACACCACGCCCCCAUAGCACACCACGGCCCCGUCGUGCCCGAUCACGGCUCCUCCUCCUACGCCUCUUAAGCGCAGGAUCCCCCAACCCUUUCCCCUUUCCUUCUCCCCCCCACCCCGCCCCCUACCCCCUACGCAAACGGCCCCGCUCAUGUGCUCUGUGUCUUCCUCUCGCCUCCUCCUUCAGACAGGAAAACCGCUUGAACUGCGUCUCUCCCCAGGAGACGACGAUGAGCCUCUUCCACUGCAUGGUUGUGAUAGUCCAAAUUGCUCUCUACUUCUUUACUGACUCCGAGCUGCGUGGGAGCGCCUCUGCCUGUAAUUCCCUUCUGUCUUCUUUUCCUUUCUUUUCCUUCUCUUUCUCUUGUUUUCCCCUUCUUUCUCUUCCUCCGUUAACUCCACAUUUCCUUUCUCUUAUUCCUCUCUCUCUUUCCUCUUCCUCCUCUUCCUCAAAGAAAAACGGAGGACUUUUACUAGCUUGGACUAAGGUACAGCGAAUAUUUCUCUCGUACAAACAAUAGAUGUCAAAAUUUAAAAAGAAAAGAAACAAUGAUUCAUAUACCACUGCCAGAAUACAGUAGUAUAUCCUUUCAUCUCCAAAAAAAGAUCGUGUCUUCCGUUUUCUUUAGCCUCACAGUUCCCCCUCGGUGUGCCUGUUUGAUUACAAAUAUUUUCUAGAAUAGAUAUGUUUUAGGUUAUUUUCAUAAGCAUAUUAGAGCUGCGCUAAUGUUUCUUUUUAUCUUGCUAGUCAAGAUUUAACAUACUAUAUUAGUUAAAAUUUGCAAAAAAAAAGAAAAGAAAAAAAUGUUAUCAUUACUAACCUAGUAUUUUUUGUUAUAUUUUCAUAUAUUUAUAAGAGAGGAAUCUUUAAAUGAUAAUCUCUACCAGAGUUAAGUUGCAACAGUUAAUUUAUCACAAGAAUUCGCUUGUAGUACCGUGGGAACUUUUAUGGAAAUAAGCAUAAAAGUUUGAUCUUUAACCUGAGCCAAACCACGUACUAUAAAUGAUGACUUUAUGUGUAUGCUUGGUACUUUAUAGUUUAUUACCUGUAAAAAAUGAAAUUUCCGUUUUUAUUUGUAUCUAUCUAUCUAUAUAUGUAUAUGUAUAUCUUUUCCCCUUAGUUAUUUCCACUCUCAACUGUUCACUGAAAGUUCAAAAAAGAAAAUAAAACCUUCAGCUAAGAUGGCGUUGGUUGUGGGCAAAGAGGCACAGCUUAUUUUCACCAUUCAGGGAUUUAAUUAAAAGUUUUUCUUUGAUUUCUUUUUUAACUUUCUUCUUGUUUGCCAUUGUUUUCUUUUUCCCAAUUCUGUUUCUUUUCGUUUAUUAUAAAAGUAAGUCACAAGUGACAAACUUCACAGUAUUAGUGCAGCUGGCGCCUUUGUUCACUUCCUGUGUUUGUUCGUUUGUUUGUUUUUAUUUUGUUUUUCUUAUUAUUUUAUUCUACUUUCACUAUGUACAGCAAAUGUUAAUAUGUGUGUCUUUUUUGCAUCCACACUUAUCUGUGUGUGUAAAUUUAAUCAUGUGUAUAUGUGACAUAUACAUAUGUAUACACAAAUUCUGUGCAUGCAUAUAUACAUGCAUAUAUACACUGAUAUGUACCCAUUCUAUUCUGUAGUGAUAUACAUAUUAUCAUAUACAUGCAUAUGAAAUAUAUAUAUA